GCCAAGUAGCAUCAAGCAUUGUCGAUUCCAAGCGUUUAGAGACGGAGGUGUUCCAAUUGCAGGAAGCCUUACGGAUGAACCAGCUGCAGAUCAAGCAUGCCUUGCAAAGAAGGCGGCACAGUAAGAAGCGCGAAGCUUCUGGUGGCUUGGGCCCUGCUGGACAGAAGGCAACCAUAGCUGUAUACCUGCUGAGCGACCAGAAUCUGGAACUCAGCGUGCGUAUGUUGCAGCACUGGGCUGCAGCUGCGUCGCCAAGCUCCAUGGACCCUGGUCGCAUUGUGGAGGACUUGGUCUUGCAAACACCAAUGGAAACAUUGAGGCAAACCUUUGCACCUGAGACGCAAGAGUGGCGACUGGCAGUGGCCCGGGCUAAGAAGUUUCUAGCUGAAGCUACCGCUCGUGACUGGGUAGCCCAACUGAAUGUUGGUCAUGGCGUGGCACCUUCGGCUACUGAAGUAUAUUGGCAGUAUGAAUCGGUUCUGAAAGGCACUGACCCUGAAGCACGCCUGCCUGCCGCACGAAUGGUGCGCAAGUGGGUUUGUUGCUGGCGUGGCCGCUGGGGCGUUCGCCGCGGCGCCAUCCGACCAAAGUUGCACAUUGAAACGUGGAAGCCUUUUUGGCGGCAAGUCUGCUACAUCAGGCGGAAGUUUGCCACUACAAAGCUGGUGUUUCUCAACUUAGACGAGACAUCCAUUGGCUACAGCUUGAUACCGCAAGCGGGCUGUGUCACUGCAGAGCAUGGGCGCCAAGUGCCUUUUACUGCGAAGGUGAAGAAGGAGAAUCACAGAGGAUGUUUCACUUAUGUUGCUAUUAUUUGCACAUGUACAAGCCUACAAGGAAAGUUACCGCACUACUUGCUUGGCAGCCGUGCACGGUUGACAAAGGCUGUGAUGCGCGGCCAAGCCGCAUUGCCGCAGACAAACCUGAAAGUGCUAGCACAGCAAUCGGCGUGGAAUUCUUCUCCUUGCAUGGUGCAGAUUCUGGAAGAAGUUGCAGCUGUCAUCAAAAGUGUGUGCAGCGCAGGGACCCAAGGGGUCUUGCUGUUAGAUUGUGCGCCAUGUCAUUUGACGCCAAGUGUCCUGAAGGCAGCUGCAGUGUCUGGCCUGCAACUCGCGUUCGUGCCAGCCAGUGCCACGCAUGUGGCUCAACCCUUGGACGUGGCAGCAUUCAGUGGCUUCAAGAAAUGGCUUCAAAAAGAGCAUCGCUCUCUGCGCAGCACUUCUCCUGAUGGCUUUAUUAAUCCAUUGGCUUGGGUGUGGCAUGUCAUGCAAGCCCCUCGUAGCUUCUUCGCAGCCAAGCCGUGGAAAGCAGCUUUUGCUGGAGUUGGAGCAGCUCCACAGCAAGAGAUGUCAAGUUUAAACGCAAGCAUCCGGCAGCUCAUGGGGAACCCAAAUGGCAGCACUGAAGCCGUGCAAGCUUUGAAAGAAGAACGGAAGGUGCUGAAGCUACAGCUGAAAAGGGCCACGGCUUCAAUCAAACAGCAGGAACGGCGGCUGCGAGCUCUCCGUGCCAACAAGGCUGGCGCGCUGACAGUGGCUGAUUUGCAAUACUUGCUGGCUCGAAAGCUGCGCGAGUGA